AUGCUGAACCUGACAGUUAAAGAAUAUGUCGUGCCAUUCGUACCAAAAUUAAUUUAUCCCAUUGAUGAACAAAUUGAGCUUGAACUUGGUGGGAAAAUAGAAAUUGAAUGCAAAGCUGUUAUGGGCGAGGAAGCAGCUGACUUCUGCCAGCUAUAUUGGAAUUUUAAUCACAAUUGCUUAAGUAUCAAUGAAGAUGAAGAAGUCUAUGAAAGUCAUAAUAGGAUUAUUACUGAAGAUAAAAGAGCAUCUAUGAUCAGAACACUUGUAAUUGUGAGAAUUAAAAGAGAGUAUUUGAAUAAAACCUUUAAGUGCUUUUUAAUUUGUCCAGACACGCAACAAAUCGGUAACAUCAUUCUUCUGGAAAAAGGCAAGGGUGACGCUGCUCCAGUAGUCCUACUAUUAAUCAUGGCAGUGGCUGUUUGCAUCAUUGUAACAGUUGUAUAUGUCAAGUUCAAAAUUUAUUUUGUCCUUUGCUUCAGAGACUUCGUUUCCAGAGAUGAAUCUUUAGAAGACAGUAAAGAAUAUGAUGCAUAUGUGCUGCUCCUUAAGAGUAAUGAUGCUCUUCUCAGUGCUAAAGAAGAAACAUUUGCAUUGGAACUAUUACCUGCAAUUCUAGAAGAAAAAUUUGGUUACCGACUAUGCAUUUUUGAACGCGAUGUUCUUCCAGGAGGAGCUUCUGCAAAUGAUAUGUUGUCCUACAUCAUCAAAUCUAGAAGAUUGAUUAUAAUACUUUGCACUGAAUGUCUGGCAGAAAAUAGUUCUAUGUAUGAACUGAUGACAGGUCUUCAUCAAGCUUUAGUCAACAGAUUAAUAAAGCCAAUCCUUAUCGAAUACAAUCCAGUAAGAGACGUUAGAUUUUUGCCGCAGUCGCUUCAGCUUAUUUUGAGAUCAAACAGGAGAGUGAAGUGGAAGAGUACAUCUUUCUCACAAAAUUCAUACUUUUGGAAGAAGGUACGUUACCUCAUGCCAGCAAAACAUAUUUAAACAUCUCUCUAUUCCCAAAAUGGAGGAAUCAUUCUUUGACAGCAGAAUCUGAAAUUGCAGUGACCUUGUGGUUAUAUAAGAUGGGAGAUCAUGAAGAUCUCCUAGUGUCUGUUAUUAGAGAAAGAAUAUCUGCUAUACUGGAGAAAGAACACUGCUAAUAGCCAAAUUUAAGAUUUUGAACAGUACACUGAAAUGAAACCACAGGGGCAAUUAACUAAUGUGAAAAUAAUCUCACAUGCAAGUGUAAGGAAAUAAGGAUUGAAGCCUAGAACAAGAAACUGUAAUUGAACACAUCCUGUUGUUAAAGCAGAUUUCUCUACAAUUUACACUCUCAUGGUCUCUACUGAAUAACUUUGAUCUCUUAAGGAGAUGGACUGGUGUGAGUGAAAUCUUCAAUUUCCUGAGCACCUGACAUGACUCACAGAAAUGUUUCAAAGCAUAUCAGUCAGACAUUGUGCAGUUGCUGUUGAUUUUUGUGUGAAUAACACCAUUUUGUCACCAGCAUAGUCCCACAAGCAGUGAAGUGGAUAAAUACCAGGUGGCCUACUUUUUGCAGUUGUAGCAAGAAUGUAGGCUCUAA